AUGGCUCGAAGAGCGAGCGAAAGCUGGAUUGAUACACCUCCCGCCAUUGAGGUUGCAACAAUAAAUUCGAAUCUUCAAAGGAAAAAAUCACUGCCGGACGUACAAGUUUUACCAAAAUCCGUGGCGCCAAUGUCAAGGGAAGAAGCGUCCGUUUUAAGUUCGGCAAGGCGGGAAGAAGUAAGAAAAAUGAGGGAAGAAAAUGAGCGUCUGCGUGCAAAUCCUCUUUUAUAUUUUUUAACUCCUCAUUUCAAGGAAUGGUUUUCACGUCAGCAGCUUGUUAUGUUAGUUUUGUUUAUCAAUAUUUCUUUGGCAAUUAUGUUUUUCAAAUUACUCACAUAA